AUGGCGGCGGAGCUGCGCCUGGAUAUGAGGACUGAUGGAUACGUGCGCGUCCGCGACCUGCUCAAGCUCAACCUCCAGACCUUCGCCAAGGUUCCUCUCAAGUCUCACACCGUGGACGAGAUCAGGGAGGCAGUCAGGCGGGAUAACAAGCAGAGGUUUAGUCUGUUGGAGGAAGAAGGCGAGCUGUUGAUCCGGGCGAACCAGGGGCACACAGUAACAACUGUUACUUCAGAGAGCCUGCUGAAGCCCAUUUUGUCCCCUGAUGAAGUGUCAGUUUGUGUGCAUGGAACUUACAGAAAAACUCUUGACUUGAUUUUGGAAUCUGGGCUAAAGCGUAUGGCAAGGUUACAUGUACAUUUCUCAAGUGGCUUACCAUUAGACGGAGGAGUAAUUAGUGGUAUACGGCAGAAUGUGAACAUCUUGAUACAUCUGGACGUCAGUAAGGCACUUAAAGGACCUCUUGGUCAGGGUAUCGCCAAUGCAGUUGGAUUGGCACUCGCAGAGAAGCACCUGGCUGCCCGCUUCAACAAGCCCGACAAUGAAGUUGUCAACCACUGCACAUACGUUAUCCUGGGAGAUGGUUAUCAAAUGGAGGGUAUUUCCAGUGAAGCUUGCUCGUUGGCUGGACACUGGGGUCUUGGCAAGCUCGUUGCUUUCUAUGAUGGCAACCACAUAUCCGUUGAUGGAGAUACAGAGACAGCAUUCACAGAAGAUGUGAGCGCACGCUUUGAGGCCUAUGGGUGGCACACACUCUGGGCUAAGAAUGGAAACACUGGCUAUGAUGACAUCCGUGAAGCCAUUAAGGAAGCGAAGGCAGUAACUGACAAGCCUACAUUAACCAAAGUGGCCACAACAAUCGGUUAUGGAUCGCCCAAAAAGGCCAACUCAUACAGUGUGCACGGAGGUGCAUUGGGCACCAAAGAGGUCGAAGCAACCCGGCAGAAUCUUGGAUGGCCCUAUGAGCCAUUCUGUGUGCCUGAGGAUGUCAAGAGCCACUGGAGCCGCCAUGUGCCCCGAGGUACUGCACUUGAGAAAUACACUGCAGAGUGCACAGAAGCUUCGACCAGGAACCUCUCUCAGCAGUGCUUGAAUGAACUUCCUAAAGUACUGCCUGGUUUUCUUGGAGGCAGUGCUGAUGUUGCAUCUUCCAGCAUGACGCUGCUCAAGAUGUUUGACAACUUCCAGAAGCAUACGCCCGAGGAGCGCAACGUCUGCUUCGGAGUGAGGGAGCAUGGCAUGGGCGGCGUUUGCAACGGCAUUGCUCUGCACAGCCCAGGUCUCGUUCCAUACUGUUCAACCUAUCUCGCUUUCUCUGAUUACAUGAGAGCUGCCAUGAGAGUCUCAGCCUUGUCUGAAGCUGGAGUUAUCUAUGUUAUGACCCACGACUGCAUCGGUGUCGGAGAGAAUGGCCCAACCCAUAAGCCCAUCGAGCAUCUGAUGAGCUUCCUAACGAUGCCCAACAUGUUGGUGCUCCGUCCUGCGGAUGGCAAUGAGACUGCUGGAGCGUACAGAGUCGCGGUUCUUAACUGGAAGAGGCCAUCUGUUCUUGCUCUCUCCAGGCAAAACCUUUCCCAGCUGCCUGGUACCUCGAUCGAGGGUGUUGAGAUGGGUGGGUACAUCAUCUCUGACAACUCAAGUGGCAACAGGCCAGACCUUAUUGUGUUGGGUACCGGUUCUGAGCUGGAGAUCGCUGCGAAAGCUGCAGAUGAGUUGAGGAAGGAGGGGAAAACUGUCCGUGUCGUGUCGCUUGUCUGCUGGGAACUCUUUGAGGAGCAGUCAGAUGAGUACAAGGAGAGUGUUCUCCCAGAAUCUGUCACCACAGUCCACAAGGAUCAGUGUCGAAGCAGGGUGUUCUCUUGGAUGGCAGAAGUACGUGGGCCCCAAGGGCAAGAUCAUUGCGAUCGACAAGUUCGGUGCGAGUGCUCCUGCUGGAAAGAUCUACAAGGGGUAUGGCAUCACUGUGGAGAGCGUCAUUGCGGCAGCCAGGAGCCUCUAAGAGUGCACUGUCAUUUCUUUCUUAUGUGGUCGUUCUGUGGUCGUCGGGCUUGUUAA